GAAGGCCCCCUCGAUGUCGAGAAAGGUGCCCACAGUAAAUUUCUUGUGCUUGAUAACUAUCUCCAGCCAUGACACUACAUUCUGCAAAGCAGUGUCGACCGACCUGCCUUUGAUAUAGGCAUGCUGCGCCCAGUGAUGGACAUACACUAGGGGCAGUCGAGGCUAGUGCUCAGGGCGGCAAUUUUUCUGGGGCGGCCAAUUUGAAAAGCGAGAAAACAUUUUUUAUACAUUAUAUAUUUAACUAAUUAUUUUAAAUAGACAUUUUAUCUUUCAAGAAAUCUAACUUAUGCAUUAUGUAUCAAAUUAAAAUUUUAUAUAUUAUAUAAUAAAGUAGUUAAAUUAAUUUCUUUCCAUAAAGGUUUGAAAAAAUAUAAUUUGAUAUUUUUAUUUUGUGAAAUUGGAGAAUCGGAGGAUUAACACUAAAUAAUUAAAAUUUAAAAGAACUAUUUUAUAUUUUCGAGUCAAAUCAACUGUCAACUACACAUGCUGCCACCUUCAGUCAGUAUACAAAUGUAACGAGGUUUCUACGAUAUAGUUUUUCUCAUAUUUGACGUUUAGAUGAAUCUAACCUGUCAAGACUUUCAAUUUUGUUGAGCAUAAAUCCGAAAUUAAUUGUUGAAUAUGGCUGAUGAACGCAAAAAAUUAAGUGGAUAUGAUUAUGGAAAACGCGAUUUGGAGAAAACUAAAAAGGAGCAAGAGGUUUUGGUGCAAGAGGUUUUGAGUAAAACUUUUAAGUUGGAUUUUUUAAAAAGAAAGAUCGUGUAACCAAGAAAUCAGAAUCUAUGAAUAAAGAUUGUACAAAUUUGGAGCAUGAAGGUGGUGAUGCACGUUUUACUUCAACUCCGAAACAGACUUUGUCUACGAGUAAUAAUACUGACAGUACCACGACUUCUUUACUGCCACAGAAUAUCAACUAUGAAGAUGAAUCUGAAGCUCCAGUUCCAACAAUAAAUGUAGAAGAAAUUGCGUCGCAAAACGUCUUCAUGAUAAGCGAUGAUCCAAGAGAAUGGAUGAUAAACGAUUUUACUAGAGAUCAUGUAGCUACCUAUGGGUGUAAACAAAAUAAAAAUUUAAAUUUCUCCGAUACAAAACGGGAUUACAAUGACGGGACUUCACGAUGGCUUUCAGAAUCACUAUUUGUUAGAAAACUUAUUAACGGUGAAAAAGUUCCACGUCCAUGGCUUGUUUACUCAGUUAGUAAAGCAUCGGUAUUCUGUGCAGCAUGUCUUCUUUUUGGAAUGGAAUGGAAUGGAAACAUGCGUGUUAAUGAGCAUAAAAACUCUAAAAAUCAUAAAAAAUGCAUGUUAACCCUUAAGCAAAGGUCAAAUACUAAGAAUAUAAUAGAGCAUGACUUAGUUAUUCAAAUAGAGACAGAAAUCUCGUAUUGGGAAAUGUUUUAAGAAGAGUAGAGGCCGCCACUAUAUCCUAGCUUCUCGAGAACUUCCAUUCCGAUUCCGGUAGUAAUGAGAAAUUCGGCUCACCAAACAAUGACAAUUUUUUUAUGCUGAUGGAAUUUCUUUCUUCUUUUGCCCCUACCUAUCCAAAACUAUUUAUGAAAAAUUUAUACAGCUUUUAGCACAAAAAGUAUCUGCUAUCAUUGUUCAAGAAGUCAAAUCAGGGAAAUAUUACGCAAUAAUAGUAGAUUCCACACCUGACAUAUCUCACGUUGACUAACUUUCUUAUGUUAUCAGAUAUGUGAAAAAAGAUGGAACGCCUGUUGAACGUUUUCUCAUGUUCUCUGGACAUAAAGCUGAAGAUUUGCUAGUUGCUGUAUUAUUUGUUCUUGAGUUUUUUGAUCUUGCUCUCGCAGAUUGUCGAAGUCAGUCAUAUAAUAACGCAAAUAAUGUAUCAUCAUCAUCUUUGGCAUUUCUUACUCUCAAGAAUUAAUGCUGUAAGCCAAAGAUUGUAAAAAGUUGAUUGUAACAUUGCUGAUGUAAUCGAUGAUUAUCAUACUUUGAUCAAACUUGUUGCUGACACGCGAAAUGAAUUUGAAACCUAUGAAAAAAAGCUGUCAGGUCGAGAUCAGUUUAGAGUUAAUACUUUUAAUGUCAUUAUUGACAAUCUGGGAUCUGAGUUGCGUAAAAGAUAUACAGCAUAUGAAAAGAUUAAAAAAAAUUCUCGGUUAUCACUGAAUUUGGUGAUUUAGAUGAUAUGAAAAUUCGUAAACGAGCUAAACAUUUAAGGAAAAUAUAUUGCUCAGAUCUUGAGUCCUCAUUGGAUAACGAAUUUGUGCACUUUCAUGUUCAUUGCACCGAAAAUAAGAUGGAAAAAAAUUCACCUUUUGAUCUUCUGAAACUUCUGCACUCAAACGACCUUUAUACUGAGUUUUCAAACGUAGAAUUCGUUUAUCGAAAAUUUAUAACUUUAGCUGUAACAAACUGUAGCGCAUAUUAUAAGUCGUCCUUAGUGCAAAAUUUAUAAUUCUAAGAAAAAUACAAAAUUUUUUUUAUUUUACUAUAGUAUAUAAUAAAUAAUAUAUAUAUAUAAU